AUGGCCGCCACAUUUGCCCGCAGCACCCUGCGCACAGCUCGCCUAGCCUCGACGCACAGCAGCUUCGCCAGCCGACAAGCCUCACCGAUCUUCAAACGCUUCCUCGCAACACCCACCGAGCAGCCACGCCUGCGACUCGGAUCGGAAGCACCCAACUUCACCGCAAAGACAACACAGGGCGAUAUCGAUUUCCACCAAUGGCUUGGCGGGAAGUGGGCGAUCCUGUUCUCGCAUCCAGCGGAUUUCACCCCGGUCUGUACGACGGAGCUUGGAGCUUUCUCGAAAUUGAAGAAUGAGUUUGAGAAGAGGGAUGUUAAGAUGAUUGGCCUGUCGGCCAACGACCUCGGCAGCCACGACAAAUGGAUCAAGGACAUCAACGAAAUCUCCAACACGGACCUCCAAUUCCCCAUCAUCGCCGACGCAGACCGCAAAGUCGCGUUCUUGUACGACAUGAUCGACCAGCAAGAUCUGCAGAACAUUGACCAGAAGGGCAUCGCCUUCACGAUUCGAUCCGUCUUCAUUAUCGACCCUUCGAAGAAGAUUCGUUUGACUAUGAUGUACCCAGCUUCGACUGGCCGCAACACUUCUGAGGUUCUGCGGGUCAUUGACAGCUUGCAAACUGGGGACAAGAAGGGAGUCACUACACCGAUUGACUGGAACGUGGGUCAGGAUGUGAUUGUUCCUCCCAGCGUUACCACGGAAGAUGCAAAGAAGAAGUUUGGCGAGGUGAGGGAAGUCAAGCCAUACUUGAGAUACACCAAGAUCUAG